CGUUUUGUUGCGUUCGCCGUCCGGUGUGGAAAGUUUGUAAAUUCCAUAUUUUUCAACAAAAACCUUUCUAAUUUCACCACAAACAUGGUGCAUUACGUGAAAAUGGAAGACGGCAAGGUCAUGCCGAUUCAGGAAAUGCUGAAAAGUAUCGAACGAUACAAUCCGGAACACCUGAAAGUGAUCGAGGCUUACGUAGAGGAGCAAGCCCGCGAGAACCAGUACGAUCUGGAGGCAAACCUGGCCUGCCUGAAGCUGUACCAGUUUAAUCCACACUUGCUGAACUUAAACAUUACGUACAUCAUUCUGCUGAAAGCCCUGACCAACUUCCCACACACGGAUUUUGUGCUGUGCAAGUGUUUGCUGCUGCCGGCCCAGAUGACCGACGAAACGGUGAAGGAGAUCAUCUAUCUGGCGAACAUUUUGGAAAAGUGUGACUUCUCGCUGUUCUGGGACCGAGUUAGUAAGAUUCCGGAAACCUUCGAGAAAAUCAACGGCUUCACCGAUUCGAUCAGAAAAUUUGUCUGUCAUGUUGUGGGCAUCACCUUCCAGACGAUCGAUCGCGGAUACUUGAUGCGACUGUUGGGUAAUGUAGAGGAGAACGUAUUGCGGGGGUGGUUGAAGCGCUACGGCUGGAAGGAGGAGGGUGGUCUGAUCACGAUCGCUACCCAAGAGGACAAGAUUAAAACGAAACACAUUACCGAGAAGAUUGAGUUCGAUAAUCUAGCACCAUUAAUGGCCAAUUGCUUGUAA